UCAAGUUUGAGCAAGUGAAGAGGUAAGUGUAUGCUUUCUCUGGUCUAUUUCAGUGUUGAAUCCUAUAUCUUUAUUCGCAUAUUCUCAUUUGCACCAUUCGUAUGAACAUAUUACAUGCAAUGGUUCUCCGUCGCGAGCUUGAAGUUUUUGAGUCAUUCAGACACCUGGCCGAGAAAUCGCAAGCUCAAUUCUCGGCCUGAUACAAAGAUUAAAUGAGCUCUUGUUACGCCUGUCCUGUAAAUGCAUAUGGCAUGGCGUUGGUUUAAUUGGGCUCAUUAUAUGUUAUGCAGUCAUUCGGCAGUUUUUGCUUCAUUCAAGGCAUACUUACAAGCUGACGCUCAAAGUUCUUAACUCACAGGCCAUAUUGGAAUAAUGUCGUCGCCAGUUGCAAAGAAGAAGUGCGGUGUCUUGGGUGCCACAGGCUCUGUGGGUCAACGGUUCAUCCUGUUGCUCGCCGACCACCCCUUCCUUGUGCUCCAUGCUGUUGGUGCAUCCAGCCGGUCUGCUGGAAAGGCAUACAAGGAUGCAGUGAAGUGGAAGCAGUCUAUGCCCAUGUCUAAGCAGCUGGGCGAACUCGUCGUUCGGGAAUGUACUGCGGACAACUUCAAGGACUGCGACAUCGUCUUUUCUGGGCUUGACAGCGACGUUGCAGGCGAAGUUGAGAUGGAGUUCAUUAAGGCCGAUAUCCCCGUCUUCUCCAAUGCUAAGAACCACAGAAAGAACCCAAUCGUUCCUCUAGUGGUGCCCACGGUCAACCUGCAGCAUCUGGACCUGAUCCAUCACCAGAGGAAGCAGCUCGGCAUGAAGAAGGGAUUCCUUGUCUGCAACUCGAACUGCGCCGUUAUUGGUAUCGUCAUUCCGUUUGCCGCUCUCCAGGCCAAGUUCGGUCCUGUCGAGUACGUGGAAGUCUUCACGGAGCAGGCAGUAUCUGGCGCUGGUUAUCCUGGUGUUCCCAGCAUGGACAUUAUGGAUAAUGUCAUUCCCUUCAUUAGCGGCGAAGAGGACAAGCUCGAGAACGAGGCUCAGAAGAUUCUGGGCUCUAUGAAUGCUGAUGCCACUGCUUUUGAAGAGCAGUCUGACCUCAAGGUCGGUGCCACCUGCACCCGUGUUGGUGUUACGGACGGCCACAUGGCAUACGUUUCUCUGCGCUUCAAGAACCACCCGGCGCCUACGGCGGAACAGGUUAAGCAGGCACUGAGAGAAUACAAGUCCGAGGCCCAGAAGCUAGGAUGUCAUUCCGCACCAGAGCAAGCUAUCGUGGUUUUCGACGAGCCCGAUCGACCACAACCAAGACUUGACCGCAACCUGUCGAAUGGAUACGCCGUCAGCGUUGGACGCGUCCGUGAAGCACCUGCCGGUGGUUACUUCGAUCUCCGUUUCGCCUGUCUUUCCCACAACACAGUCAUUGGCGCCGCAGGCUCAUCCAUCCUCAACGCUGAGGCUGCUGUCAUCAAGGGACUUAUCUAAAUUAGACCAAAAAAGUAAAGAUCUAGUACAUACAUAGCGCUUUCAAUUCAGAAAUAAUUCUCCAAAAACAUAGGUUUGUCGUGUUUGCAUUCAUAGUCGAUUACAUAACACCAUAGAGGGCUCAACCCGCCAAGGCGGUCAGGUCAAUUAGAAUCAGAUUAGGACUAGUACUAGGGCUCGAACCCACAGGCCGUCCGCUAAGCGAAUUUUGCGAGUGGAUAUCUCAACUUCUCGACUUGACGG